UGCUCCGCGGCCUUCCGGUGCGAGGGCCGGGGAACCUCCUCUUCUCGUAGGCACCCCCUCCUCCGUCGCCCAGAUUCCCCUGCCCCUCCCUCACAGGGACAGCGAGGCGACGGUUGCCGGGAAGCGCGCGCCGCCCCUCCCUCCCCUUGUCCGUCCUCCCCUCACGCGCCACCCGUUUUUCCUCUUUCUCCGUUAAUAACAGCUGGGUGGCUGGGGGCGGGGGGAAGGUGGCCCCAGCGGAGUCUGGGCGGGCGCCUCCCACUCACCCGCGAGCCGCCGUGGGAGCUAGAGGAUGGCGGCGGUAGCGGCGGCCGCCCGGGAGGAGGCGGUGCCGAGGCCCCGGGCGCAGAGCGCCGCGGCGGAGAGCGGCAGCGGCCCGUCGUCGGGCACCAGAACCGAAACCAGCGGCAGCCGCACAGCCACCUGAGCCGCCCCUUGCCGCCGGAGCCAGCGAGCCGCGCCCGCGGCUGGGCCCUCUUUCCUCUCCGCCUCUCCUCGUCUCUCGCGCCCCCGUCAGGCCGCCGGCCUUUCCCGCCGCCCCCGAGAAGAAGAGCGCGCCGGGCGCCGACCGCCCCUCGGGGCGCCUGGCGGCGGCCCUGGACGUACGGGGGCCUUUCUGGGCCGGCCGCGGCGCCUCGACCCUGCCCUUUCGCUCCUGCGCUCGCUCCCGCCCUCCCCGCGCUCGGAGCGCUGCGCGCGGGCCCGGCCCGGGGCAGGGCGGACAUGGGCGCCAAGCAGAGCGGCCCGGCCGCUGCUAACGGCCGCACCCGCGCGUAUUCGGGCUCCGAUCUACCUUCCAGCAGCAGCGGAGGGGCCAACGGGACCGCAGGCGGCGGUGGCGGGGCUCGGGCCGCGGCCGCUGGGAGGUUUCCGGCUCAGGUGCCGGGCGCGCACCAGCCCAGCGCCUCCGGCGGCGCCGCGGCGGCCUCGGCGGCCCCGGCGGCCCCGCGCAGCCGCUCCCUCGGCGGGGCCGUGGGGAGCGUGGCGUCCGGUGCCCGCGCCGCGCAGUCCUCCUUCAACAUCCCUAACAGCAGCAGCGGCCCGUACGGCUCGCAGGACUCGGUGCACAGCAGUCCCGAGGACGGCGGCGGCAGCAGGGACCGGCCGGCGGGCGGGGGCCCCAGCGGGCCGCGCCUGGUGAUCGGCUCCUUACCAGCUCACCUCUCGCCGCACAUGUUUGGAGGAUUUAAGUGCCCUGUAUGCUCAAAAUUUGUACCCUCAGAUGAAAUGGAUUUGCAUCUCGUGAUGUGUUUAACAAAGCCAAGAAUAACCUAUAAUGAGGAUGUACUGAGUAAAGAUGCUGGGGAAUGUGCAAUAUGCCUUGAAGAAUUGCAACAGGGAGAUACCAUAGCACGACUGCCUUGUCUAUGCAUAUAUCAUAAAGGGUUUUCUUGUCUUUUCAAGAUGCUUGAAAAACUGAGAGGACAUGAAGACAUGUCUCUGGAGAAACAAAAACGCGGGCAUACUCAGCCAGAAAUCUGAGUUUUGUGAGACUUGGUAAUACAGAGAUGGACAAUCAUAUAGGAAGAAACGCCUGCUGCAGAGAGGACAGUUACCACAGAACUCAGUGUACCAAACAUGCAUAUCAAGGACACACAGGGAUUUUGAAAAUGCUGCACAUCCCUUAUUAGUCAUCUACAUAGGUAAUACUGAUAAACGUUUUGUAUUCAGACGCCAAAGUUAACUAAUUCAAAAGUUGAUUUACUUUUUAUUAAGUUCUCUAGAGCUGUGCAACUAGUUCUGUUUUGAUUUGUUUUGUCUUUCAGUUUGAGGUCUCUUUAUUUUCCCCAACAUAAUGUUUCUGCAUUCAUCUGUUCUUAAAUUGAAAAACCACAUAAUUUACUUCUUACAAACUAAAGUCUUAAAUGUGAAACCAAGAAAUGUAAUGAAGCAGUAAAAACAUUCUCUGAAUGUAGACCAUGAUCUCAAGUUCUUCCGUUUUUUUUCUCCUAAGAGUAGAAAAUAGACUUCUACAUAGGAAAGCUAAAAUAUGGUAAUAUUUUAAAUUAAAGGUUUAAUAUUAUCAGAAUGCAGUCCAAAGAAUAAAUCAAGUUACAUAAUUGCAUUUUAAUUAAUUAAAUGUAGAUUUGUCUGCUGAAUUGUAAUUUAUUAAAUAUAUUGUUUCCUCUUAAAACUGCUCAACAUUUAAUCAGCAGUGAAUCAUCUUGCAGCUAUGCAACUUUUGAAAAAAUACAAAUUACCAAUUUUAAGUGUUGCCAGCUACAAUAACUUUGUUUUAACGGGUAUUUUUGUUCUUUUCACAUAAUUAUUUUGUUGUGCUUUGCAUCUCCAGUUAGUUUUCCCACAUUUGGGUAGAAUGUUUAGCAAGUUGUAAACUUAAUAACUUUAGAAAAGGGUAAAAUAAAAUUUUUUGGAGUGGAACUUGGAAUAAUUUGAGGGAGAUUUUAUAUACUUUUAAAAAUCAGAAUUUAUUUGGGAUGCCAGAUUUAUAGCAAUUUGCAUCUUUAAUUUUCCAGAAAAUCUGGAGGUUAGCAUUUGAUAAAUGGUUUUUUUCAAAGCAAAUAUGAAGAUUUUGUUAAUUUAUAAUUUAUUAAUGUGUUAUUACUGUAAUUGAAAAUGUUAUAUAGAGAGUUUUAAAUCCAGUUUUGUGUAGAAAGAAAUGUAUUAAGCAAAAUUAUGUGAAUAAAUAUUCCCACAAAAUACAUCUGAAUGGUUAAAAAUACUGGAAGAGAGCUGUGAGGGCUACAAUAGUGAAUGUCUUUUCUUUUUUUAAAUAUCAAAAAAUACUGAUAAGUAGAUUUUGUCUUUUCAACAUAGGGAAAAUGUUAUCAGUGAAUAUUUAGGUAGCGCACUUUACUUGGUAUAAUUGAAAGUUGCACAAUACUGUUUCCUUUUUUGAAGCUUUCUUUAAUGUAUUUAAAUUUUUUGCUUUUUUAUUUAAUGCUGCUACUGUUACUCUUAUCUAAAUUUUUUUCCCUACUCUAUUGCUUCUGUUUCAUAUUUUUUAAAAGGGCAAGUACAGGAGCAACUGCUGCUACCCAGAAAAAUUUGUGUAUUAUAAAUGAUUAAAAGAGUUUUUAAUUGCUUUCUGUGUGAUUCUAGAUCAGAUAACAUUUUCUCUAAAGUUAUGCUGUGAAAUGCCUUUUGUUAUGCUGCAAUUUCUAAAAGAAUCCAAAACCUCCAUUGUGACAGCUGACAGCACAGUUUCAUAGGUGCUUUUUAACCAGUUAUGGAAAAUAUUCUUCCCUCAAGGGAAAUAUUAGAAAAAAUUUUUCUAUUAAUAUGAAAUCUUAAUUUGAAUUUAUUUUAUUUCACAUUUUCAAUUUUGUAAGCUUUCAUUCCCUCCUGCCCAACCCCCCUCAAGUAAAACUUCUUAGAAUGUGAA